AUGUCUCAUAUUGAAAUUUAGUUACUAUCACGCGUUCAAGUGGAUUACUAUCACAGAGGUUGAUAUUUAUGUUAUGAAUGUACUACUCAUUGGGAUAUUACAAAUAUAUUAUUUUUAUUUAUAACAAUCAACCCAAUGCGCAAUUUAUUCGAAAUUAUGGCUUAGAUAUGUAGACAAUACUUUUGUUGUUAUAAAAAAGACUCAUCUAAGAUCUUUUUCUAAACGAAUAAAUACGCUUUCAUCACACUUCAAAUUCACCAAUGAAAAUGAAAAUGUACAUGGUGAGCUAACAUUCUUGGAUUGCUUAGUAAAAAGAAAUCCAAAUGGAAGUUUAAACCUAUCCAUUUACCGAAAACCGACGCACUCAAAUCGUUAUAUUGACUUCUAUUCAGCACAUCCUUUCAGCACUAAGAUCUCGCUAGCCGUAAAUCUUUUUAGAAGAGCUAACAAGAUCAUCACAUCAGAGGAAGGCAAACAAAAAGAACAAAUGAAUGUAAUCAGCGUCUUACAAUUUAAUAAGUUUCCUAUGAAGAUUAUUAGAAGUAUAUUAAAACAAAACAGUUUAUUGCGUUAUAAUAAUGAUUCGAAUGAAAUGCCAUGGAUUGGUACUGCAGUUCUACCAUAUCGUCAUGGCACAACAGAAGAAAUCCAAAGAAUCUUAAAGCAUCACAGAAUUAAAGUAUAUUACAAAACAACGAACACACUACGUAAUACUUUAGUUCGCCUGAAAGAAAAAAUCCCUUUCAUGUCCACACAGAACUGCGUCUACAAAUUAGGUUGUAUCGAUUGUGAUGCCUAUCAUAUUGGAGAGUCAUCCCGCGAAAUCGUGACUAGAGCCAAAGAACAUAUUAGAUACACAAAGAAACCUAACAAUCCUGGAGAAUUGAACCAACUUCAAAUUAAAUCGGCAAUAGCAGUUCAUGCCAUUUUCAACAACCACCAAAUCGAUUUUAAAAAUACCAAAAUAUUUCAAAAAGGCUUUUCCAACUACAAAGAAAGGAGGGUAGCUGAGGUGUUCCAUAUAAUGACUAAUCCUACUUCUCUCAAUAGAAAAGAAGGCCUUAUCAUACAUCCUACUUGAACCAUCUAUCCUAGCCAAUCAGUCUGAUCAUAUUUACAAUUCACACUACCAUAUUAUAAAUUGAACUCUAUCCUUUCUCACCACAAAGGUCACACAAGUUUUCAUUCUUAAACAAUGCACACAUACAUACACACACAAAUUUACAUACAUAUCACUUACGAAUCACCUUGACCGAAAUGACAUGACAUCAACUUGUUCAGACCUGUUUUUGAUUGAUCAAAUAUUAUCAGAAUGGGUUUUG